AGUUCGUGACCAAAAAGACAAUCUGUUUGUCGAACAGGUUCUUUCUUGAUUCAUACCCAGAAACUUCCCUCUGUCGUGCUCUUCGCCCAUCAUAGGACAUUGAUAAAAUUCCAAUCGACUCAACACGUCUUGUAUGAACAUAAGCUGAUCUCCGCCGUCUCCUCCAACAUUCUUUGGAGGCUAAUCUGUGCACACAUGGUCAUACGUUGCAAAGGGUUCUAUUUUGAUGUGGAUAAAGGUGCUCGUGUCUGCACUGGUAGCGAACAAGCUGAUGAGGAACCAACUGGCAAACCUGGAAAAGCCACUAGCUCCAGUGCCAAGAAGAACAGCAAGAUACUCGGCAGAUUAUCAAGGGGUAGAGGUGGAGGACUUAGCAAAGUAGAGAAGGUUGCUACCCGAACACAAGGUACCAAGGACUUGAAUAUUGACACUCUCUCCGAGAAAUCAGCUGUUGUUGAGACUGUGAACAAAGCAAAUGCAGAAGAGAGGACCCAGGAACAAAAGCAUAAGAAGUAUGAUCAGCUACUCUCCCGUGCCCAGCCUAAAAGAAUCCAUGGUUCUAAAGACAUUAAGGUUGACAAUGUUCCAAGGAAAUCAGCAGGAGUUAAACGGGACCGAGUGAAGAUAAAGAAGAGGUUCCAGGAGCAGCAAAAGCACAUGAACGAGAAAUGUGACCAGCUGGUCACUCCUGCCUGGCUAAACAGCAACCAUGGCACGAAGGACAUCUAUAUUGACAGUAUUCCAAGGAAACGACCAGUCUUCACAAGAGACAAAGGGAACUUAAAAGAAAGAAAUGAGGAGGAAAGGACUAAUAAGUAUGCGGUAUCCUCUCCUCAGGGUGGCGGCAACAAGAAAUCAUAUGCAAAAGAGAGCCCAUUCGACCAGAAGAAGAAUGAGACAGAGAGAGCAAGCAACCUGGUUCUCAGGACCAGACUACAUUGUGAUGGCUGCAUUCAGAAAAUACAAAAGUGCAUUUCAAGGUAUAAAGGAGUUGAAUCGGUGGCUAUAGAUGCAAGCAAGGAUCAAGUAUCAGUGACAGGGGUAGUGGAAAUGAAAGAAUUCGAGUCUUACCUCAAAGACAAUAUCAAGAGGAAUGUCAAAGUGGUUUCCACAAGAAAAGGAGUUGAUAAAGAGAUUAAAGACAAGGUUGAUGAGGAGGGUCUUGGUGGUGCGUUAUAUGAUGUUAGCUCUAGGUAUGGGGUCUUAUCAAGCCACUUUAACUUUUUGAUUUUCUAUCAUAACUGUUACUACCCUACUAUUCCUUCUUGAUUAAAAGGAAAGGGAAUUCCUACAACUCCAAAAAGCACAGUAAAUAUGUCUUGGGGUUUACACAUACUUUUAUUUGCUGUUAUAAUAGAAAUUGGCAUUAGCAGCAAAA